CUCUGUGUAGAAGAGAAGACACCACCUUCUCUCUCUGCAACUUGGCAUUUCAGCAGGAGCUUUACAUAAGCAUUGAUCUUUCCCUGUGGAUGUGUUCAAUUAUACAGUGGCACUUUGUAGAGAGUGUCACAGGUAGCUUUCAUGCAGCAUAGGGCCAUGUACUCGUCUAAGUUUAGGAUAUUGGUCUCCUCUCUUUUUGCUUAGUUUAAGUGGAGGGUCAAGAGCCUUGUAGCUCAACUGGAACUUCCUGGUGUUUCCAGCAAAGAUGUCAAGGGUUCAAAUCCCCUCUCACACAGAUUUUUCCUGCUCCAAAGGGUGAAAUAUUUACACCAACCACUGGGGUGCGGGCAGAUUUUAGUUGCUCUGUUCCGAAUGUAUCUACUAAAAUAUCCAAAUAUUUUUCAGAAUUUCAAAAUUACCCUUAGGCUUUCCUUUCUUUCAUUCUCCUCUUUCUACCCUAUGUCACAUUUCGCACAGCACACUCUCACAGCCACUACCCAGCCCUUUCUCACUCUGCCCACCCCUCUCUCAAAGUCAAAGCCAAAGAGAGCACCCAACUUCUUAGAGGCCUGUUCCUUCUGUGCUUUUCACUGUUUGUCAGUCUGCCAAAGAUUUGUGAAGGAUUUAAAACAGGAUGGCAACGGAGCAAAAAGGAGAAGAUGAUCAGCAGGUCACAAGUACCACAGCUGUUGGCUUGAGAGGAAUGGUAGAAGAACAAUAUCGCAAAAUCAAGGAGAAUGCAGAAACUUACCCUUAUGUGUGGGGUUCCUAUAUUGUUGUUUAUGGUGGUUUUGCUCUCUGGGGUGCCUACAGAUGGAGAAAGCUUCGUAGGACUGAGGAUAGAGUACGAGUGCUUCAAGAGAGACUACGCAAGCUUGUGGAAACGGAAGAGUCAGCAAGCACUGCGAAAUCAGUUGAGAAGGCUCCACCAGCUCCUGAUAAAACCUCCAAAUAGUUAGCUUAUAUGGCUCUACCAGAUUCUUUUACCCAUCAAAAUUGCUUGAUUUUGGAAACAGAUUGGUUGGGCUUACUCAAGUUUGGUGAGAAUUGGAGAAACCUCAAAUGCAAAAUAGUUUCCAAUAGCAUGCAUAAAUUCAAUUUUGAUAUUUUUCAAAUUCUAAGCCAUUGUCAAGAUGUAGAUUCUCAUAAAUUGACAAUCUCCUAGAUUUCAGUGUCAUUUUUUAGACAGGAUUUUUUUUGUGUGGUAAGAGUUAAUAGAUGGUUUUUUUUUUUUUUUUUUUUUGAUAUCCAAGAGUUAAUAGAUGGUUGGUGAAAUAAUGUUUAGAGAUAAUUUGUUGCGGGGCAAAUGGAGCUUGAAAAUAAGCUAUCUAUACUCAUUAGUACCAAAUAAAUUGUAUCAUGUAGAGAUCUGACUAUAUUAUUAUCAGUUAAAAGUUGAGCUCGUGACUUCAGGUU